CUUAACAAUAGCCCCCGAAGCCCAAAAGAAACUGUUACGGUACUCCCUAUUCAGGGACAGCUGCUGCGCAGAGUCUCGGGGAGGGGGUACCGGGGCUGAGCGAAAGGGGCGUAGCCUCUGCUAUGGCAGGGUCGCGAGGCCGCCUGUUGUCAGUCCCUGGCCGCGGGUUAUGGCGACGGCGGUGAAUGAAUUCUCCAGGCGGGAGAGGGAAAAAGAAGGGCUCAGCCGGCUCCAGCUCCCCGACCCGGGCCGCCGCCGGGGCGUCCCCUUCGCCCUCCUUCGCGGCCGGGCCGGCUCCUUCCGUCCAGUACCAGCAAGCGGCGGCGGCGGCGGCGGCGGCGGCGGCGGCGGCCUCUCCUCACAAGCGGAACCUGUACUAUUUCUCCUACCCGCUCUUCGCCGCCUUCGCGCUGCUCCGCUUCCUGGCCUUCCAGCUCGGGCUGCUCUUUGCCUGGGUUUGCGAGCGCUUGUCCCGCGGCGGCCCACUCAUGGCAGCCGCCAAAGGCACCGCUGGCAGGACAGGCGCCGGCGAUGCCCCCGAGACGGUGAGGGCUUGUCACAAGCGCGCCUUCGAGUGCAUCUCCACGGCGCUGCGCAUCGACGAGGACGAGGCCGCAGGACAAAAGGAACAAGCUGUUGAAUGGUACAAAAAAGGAAUUGAAGAACUGGAGAAAGGAAUAGCUGUAGUAGUUACAGGUCAAGGUGAUCAUUGUGAACGUGCUCGACGUCUCCAGUCUAAAAUGCUGACAAAUUUGGCAAUGGCCAAGGACCGGUUGCAGCUGUUAGAGAAGAUGCAGGCAGUUAAGCAAAUACCCAAGCUGCAAAUGGAAGUCUAUAGUGACAGUACUAACCUGGUAUGCCGCAAUGGACAUCUCCAGUCAGAAAGUGGAGCUGUUCCGAAAAAGAAGGAUCCACUGACUCAAACUAGUAAUUCACUCCCUCGUUCAAAGUCUGUGGCAAAACCUGGAUCUGUGGGCCUUUCAGGUCAUCAGAGGACGCCUAGUUAUAGUGGAAUAUCCAAUUUCCCUGUUCCAAGACAGGGAACAGCUCCAGCAACUUCAACUCAGAAGGUUACCCCAAAAAACAAUAGAUCCAACAAGCCUUCUACUCCUACAACUGCUAUACGAAAAAAGAAAGAUGUGAAGAUUUUUAGAAAUGUGGAUAGUAAUCUUGCUAAUCUUAUUCUCAAUGAGAUUGUCGAUAGUGGGCCAUCAGUCAAAUUUGAUGAUAUUGCUGGGCAGCAGUUAGCAAAGCAGGCACUGCAAGAAAUUGUUAUCCUCCCAUCUCUUAGACCUGAGUUGUUCACAGGGCUCAGGGCUCCUGCACGUGGAUUGUUAUUGUUUGGCCCACCAGGAAACGGGAAGACAAUGCUGGCCAAAGCAGUGGCUGCAGAAUCUAAUGCAACCUUUUUUAAUAUAAGUGCAGCAAGUCUGACAUCAAAAUAUGUGGGUGAAGGGGAGAAAUUGGUGCGUGCUCUUUUUGCAGUGGCCAGAGAACUUCAGCCUUCUAUAAUUUUUAUAGAUGAAGUUGAUAGCCUCUUAUGUGAAAGAAGAGAAGGUGAACAUGAUGCCAGCAGACGUCUAAAAACGGAAUUUUUAAUAGAGUUUGAUGGUGUGCAGUCUUCUGGAGAAGACCGAAUACUUGUGAUGGGAGCAACUAAUAGGCCGCAAGAGCUUGAUGAUGCUGUUCUCAGGCGAUUCACCAAGCGAGUGUAUGUAUCUUUACCAAAUGAAGAGACACGGUUGCUUUUACUGAAAAAUCUCUUGAGCAAGCAAGGAAAUCCAUUAACCCAAAAAGAGCUGGCACAGCUAGCAAGAAUGACAGAAGGAUACUCUGGGAGUGACUUAACAGCAUUAGCAAAGGAUGCAGCUCUUGGCCCUAUUAGAGAACUAAAGCCUGAACAAGUGAAGAAUAUGUCUGCCAGUGAGAUGAGGAACAUCCGAUUGUCAGAUUUCACUGAGUCAUUGAAGAAAAUAAAGCGUAGUCUCAGUCCUCAGACCUUGGAAGCUUAUAUUCGCUGGAACAAGGAUUUUGGAGAUACCACGGUCUGAUAUACAGCUUUAUAAAAUUAAAGGAGAAUGGUGCCAGCAAAGGACAGUUGAUUCAGACUCCUGCUGGAACGCAGCCCGUGUUUACAGGACUCUAAAGAUUUCUAAGUGUCAGCACUGAAAUGAGGCUGAUUAUAAGGGGGAAACAAAUAGAAUUGUUGAUCAAGAUCUCUCAGCCUUUAACAUCUGGAUUUAUAUACAGGGCGUUUUAAGAGAGCACAAUAAAGAUAUUGGAGGAAAAACUCUAGCAAUUAUGUGAUGGUAGGAAAUGUAAUUGGUCUAUUUUGUUGCUGACUGAAAUAUUCUAAUGGCAUUAUCUCUUGGAAAGAAUGCUUUUUUUGCUCAUGACAUUUUUUUUUGUUAGCUUCUAAUUGUAAAGUCUAUCCAUUUUCUUGAUAAAUAAAUCUGUAAUGUGCCAAAUUAAAAUACACUUGAUACAUCCAGAACAGCAUAAAGUAUAAAAGAACUGGUCUGUUGCUUUUUGUUCUAAUGGAACUUUGCAGUCUAUAGAACUUAGAAAGAGAUAUAUGACUGCCAGACAGUAAUGACCAGUGAAGCCAGCUGCAACAUCAAGUGGCUUAGAGUUUCUACUCUUAAGUCAUUCUUUUCUUGCAAUAUUUUUCUGAUAUUGUAGACUUGAGCCCAAGAAAUAUGAGUAAUGGCAUUGACUGUCAAAGGAACUUAGUUUCAGACUUACAGUGACUGAAAGCCAGAGAAGUUGCCACUCUGAAAAUUUUUAAUCUAUGCAAGUGAUCAUGGCUAUGAUUACUUGUUUAAUUAUGUUAGUCUUUUAUACGUUUCAUGUACUUCAGUUUGUGGACUAUAAUCUGCAAAAAGACUCAACUGACUUUUAAAAAGUGCAGUAACUAAACUGUUUCUUGUAAAUACAUUAAUUUUUAUGGUAUGAAUGACAUGUAAAUUCAUGGCUUUUUAAGAUUAAAGGUGAGGCAUAUUCGCUCCUUUGUGGUAUAAUGGUUUGGUGUUUACAAAACUGAUAGUUUGUUCUCUUAUUCAAAAGUUCUGAUUAAAAUAUCACCGAAGUAAAAA